CCCUUUUCACACUUCUUUGUUUGUGGCGCUAAGCGGUCGACCUUGUUAUCUCACGCUUCGUCCCUCAUUUGUAGUUUGUCAGCCAGCCGACCUCCCACUCAUACAGAGUCGGGUCUCAGAUUAUGGCCAGUCGAGCAGCACAAAAGCGCUUGACGCGCGAGUUCAAGAGCAUCACGGAGAAUCCUCCACCAUAUAUCACGGCACACCCGUCAGAAUCCAAUAUAUUAGAAUGGCACUACAUCAUCACCGGUCCGGAGAACACGCCUUACCACGGGGGCCAGUAUUGGGGGACGCUCAUGUUCCCUCCUAAUUACCCCUUUGCCCCCCCGGCCAUCCGAAUGCACACCCCUUCCGGCCGAUUCCAGCCGUCGAGUCGCCUCUGUCUAUCCAUCUCAGACUUUCAUCCCCGAUCAUUCAACCCGGCGUGGGAAGUGUCGACGAUUCUGAUCGGGCUGCUCUCGUUCAUGACCUCGGAGGAGAUGACAACGGGCUCCGUGUCGGCCAGCGAGGCGGAACGGAGGUAUCAUGCGGCGCGCUCCCGGUGGUGGAACUCGACGGGCGGCGGAUCCCACCUCAAGACCGAUAAUGGCUCCGGCAAGAAUAAUAUCAAGGCAGGCGACGGCGGGGCCAAGUUCAAGUCCGAGUGGCCCGAGGUGGACCAAGAGAACUGGAAGUGGAUGCGGGAGAACAAGAUCGAUCCGGCGACGGGGAACAAGAUUGUUGAGAACGGCGGGCCUUCAUGCGGCCCACAGCUUAACAUCGCCGCUGGCAGUGGGCACCAGGCUCACGCAGUGGUGGACGCAGUUAUUCAGCAGAGGGACGCCGGGCAGGGCUGGCUGUUCCAAAACAAGCUGCUACUAGCCGGUGCUAUUAUAUUUGUCUACGUGUUGAUCGCCCGGCUUCUUGCGGAGGGCAGCUCGUGAGCACCGGUCGAGGAGGAGGGCUCGCAUCUGCUGUCCUUGCAUCGACGAAGAAGGGCACAGGCACAUCAAUGACCCGGGUUCGGCCACGCCAGUGUUGCAACGGAUCCGGGCGCGAGGAGCGGUGCGGCGCUGGCGAUGGGCUGCCUUCAUGCCAUUGUCGGCUGGUCGUGGGGUAGUAAUGGGUUCUGCUCACCGCGGCACAGGCCUCCACGAUGCCGUGGGGGAAACACUGUUGAGGGUUGAGAAAACGACUAGGACGAAGAGCGGCAUGACGCUCAGGAGGCAGAGAGAUCUGUUCAAGAUGGUUAGACCGGCACACUCAGGUCAGCGGGAACAUUUGGGGUCACUGGAUAGCAUUGUUCAUAAUGGCUAGGGAGCAGCGAGCGUUGAAAUUGUACACUAACCUACUUCAGCAUCUCCCCUUCGCCCUUCCGCGUGUGGCUGUCCGCGCAGUCCAGAUCUCUCCUCAUAUACAAUCUGCUGGUGGCUUAUU